AUGCGAAUUCCUACCCCCGUUAUCCCCGAUGAACACAAGAGCAUUAUGAAUCACGACGCAUUCAAUCGCCUCUACUGGUCCGUUCUAGAGCCAACAGGUAUAUCCAGCGUGCAAGUCGCCGAAGACAAUGAAGAUGCUCCUUCCUCCUCCAGAGCCUACCUGACCGACCACCCCCUCGCCCUAGAACUAGCAACAAAAACCAAUGCCAACAAACUCAUCUUCACCGCAAAGGACCUUGCUGAGCAUGCGAGUAAUUGCCAUAUGUGGAGCGACGGCUUCGAAGAACCAGAAGACGGAGUGGAGAACCUAGAAGAUGCCUGGGACUCCUUCGUCAUCGAGACUCAAGACGGCAGCCCGCUGCUCAUUCGCGACGUAGUCACCCAAUUCCACGCCUGGGUCAAUCGACCGUUCAUUGAGGAGAAGAUCCGGGAAUCGCUGGCUUACAUGUACAACGCAGGCCCGGUUGAGGACAUCAGAGGUGGCUGGUGUUCGCGGGCCAUUGGCGGCAACGACGAUUUGAUCUAUGUACCGGAGGGUGUGAAGAUAUUUUUUGAAUCGAUGGAACAGUAUGGGAGUUAUGAUGGGGCUUCUGCGCCUGUUGUUUAUGUGAAUUUGUGGGUGGAAGGGUGGCAAGGCAAGGAUGCGGGAUACUUUUGGAAGUCGCGCAUUGAUUCAAGGAAACAUUUAGUCUAA